AUGUUGCUUGCUAUUGGACACUGCAGUGCAUUGCAUCAUCAGGACCGACCACCAAUGUGUGCUGAUAGUUGGACUGAUGGUAAGUCCCGCUUCAUUCCUCGCUAA